UCGCGCGUGGCCAGCGAGGCCACGCCUACUUCCGGCUCCUGCACCUCAGCAUGGCUGCUUUGGGUAUACUGCUGUUUACAGGUGUCCGGAGACUGCACUGCGGCGCCGCGGCUCGGGCAGGCAGCCAGUGGCGACUCCGGCAGGGCCUUGCUGCCAACCCCUCCGGCUACGGGCCCCUUACGGAGCUCCCAGACUGGUCGUACGCGGAUGGCCGCCCUGCUCCUCCAAUGAAAGGCCAGCUUCGAAGAAAAGCCCAAAGGGAAAAGUUUGCGAGACGAGUUGUACUGCUGUCACAGGAAAUGGAUGCUGGAUUACAGGCAUGGCAGCUCAGACAGCAGGAGAAGUUGCAGGAAGAAAAAAGGAAGCAGCAGAAUGCUCUUAAACCCAAAGGGGCUCUACUACAAAACCCACGACCAAGUCAAUAAAAAAGCAACUCCUAUCUCCCUUCCCAAGCCUGUCUCUGGCUUUCUUUUCUAUUACCUGGAUGUGUCAUCCCUUCCAGAAGAAAGCCUUAUGUUCCCCAUCAGGGCAAAAGGGACACCAAGAAUAACGGGCUAUAAACCACUGCCUGGAAGGAUUGACUCAGUCCCCUCACCCCCAGCCCCAUCCCAGUUCAGCAGAAUCUUACUGUGGAGUAUUUACUCCCUCAUUUACAAGCCAUAGGACUGGCCCAACUAUGAGCAGUAGUAGCUGCUAUGCAAACAUGAUAAAGGGGGCAACAGUUUUCCUGGUUUUAGCCCGGCACUCAAGCCUUUAACAGCCCAUACACAGUUGAGGCCACAUGCAGUUAUGCAUUUAAUAAAUAUUUUGAUG